GCGCUGUCGGGCCGGCGGAGCGCGUCGCCGCGGCUGGAAGCAGGGCGCGCCAGGCUGUCCCGGGAAUGCGUUCGCUCGGCACCAACAUGGCUGCGGCCUUGCGAACUGCGGGCGUCCUGCUCCGCGAGCGGAUGGUGCCUGGCAGCUCAAGGGCCCAUCAGCCAUGGAGGUGCCAGUCGGAUGCAGCAGCUGGAGCGGCAGCCGCCACAGAAACAGCCCAACGUGCCAGAAGCCCCAAACCUCAAGUUCAACCAGGGAAGAGGUAUGAGUCCAAUUUCAGGAAGCCGAAAACUGGAAUACUAAUGUUAAACAUGGGAGGCCCUGAAACCCUUGGAGAUGUUCACGACUUCCUUUUGAGGCUUUUCUUGGACCAAGACCUGAUGACACUUCCUAUUCAAAAUAAGCUGGCACCCAUCAUUGCCAAACGCCGAACCCCCAAAAUCCAGGAGCAGUAUCGCAGGAUUGGAGGUGGAUCCCCCAUCAAGAUGUGGACUUCCAAGCAAGGAGAAGGCAUGGUGAAGCUGCUAGAUGAGAUGUCCCCGCACACAGCCCCUCACAAAUACUAUAUUGGAUUCCGGUAUGUCCACCCUUUAACAGAAGAAGCAAUUGAAGAGAUGGAGAGAGAUGGGCUUGAAAGGGCUAUUGCUUUCACGCAGUACCCACAGUACAGCUGCUCCACCACAGGUAGCAGCUUAAAUGCCAUAUACAGAUACUACAACGGAGUGGGAAAGAAGCCCGUGAUGAAGUGGAGCACAAUUGACAGGUGGCCCACGCACCCCCUCCUCAUUCAGUGCUUUGCGGACCACAUUCGGAAAGAGCUGGACCAUUUUCCACCGGAGAAGAAAAGCGAGGUCGUCAUUCUUUUUUCUGCUCACUCACUGCCGAUGUCUGUGGUCAACAGAGGGGACCCCUAUCCUCAGGAAGUGGGUGCCACCGUCCAGAGAGUCAUGGAGAACCUGGACUACUCCAACCCCUACCGCCUGGUCUGGCAGUCCAAGGUCGGUCCGAUGCCCUGGCUGGGUCCUCAGACAGACGAGACGAUCAGAGGGCUUUGUGAGAGGGGCUGGAAGAAUAUCCUCUUAGUCCCCAUAGCGUUUACCAGCGACCACAUUGAAACACUGUAUGAACUGGACAUCGAGUACUCGCAGGUUCUGGCUCGCGAGUGUGGAGUUGAAAACAUCAGAAGAUCAGAGUCUCUUAAUGGAAAUCCAUUGUUCUCUAAGGCCCUGGCUGACCUGGUCCACUCACACAUCCAAUCAAACGAGCUGUGCUCCAAGCAGUUGAUCCUGAGCUGUCCGCUCUGUGUAAAUCCUGUCUGCAGGGAGACUAAAUCCUUCUUCACCAACCAGCAGCUGUGACACCCGCCAGAGGACCCCAUGGGAUUAGGCAAAUGCCAGCUUCCAGAGGAUGUGGAGGAGGACGCACUUAGGGAUGGAGGAAGGACGUUACAUUAGAAUAUGUACAGCCUUUGGGCGCACAUUGUGUGAUUUCUUGAGGAACAAGUCUGAAAUCCUAUUGAGUGUUUUCUAUUUUUAUAUGCCAAUAUAGUAAGCACUUAUAUUCUCUCUUUCUUUGGGUAAAGUUACUUAUUUGGAAUUAAUUUUAAAAUUUUAUCUUGUGAGAUGCACACGUAUUUUAAAUACAGAUUUUGGGUUUAUUGCCCAGAGAGCCCUCCUAUAAGGGGCGGGGGAGUCCCUGCAGUGGGCUGCCAAUGUGACUGGGGUCUGUUUACAAGCCUCGUGCACAACUGUUGUUUUUUAAAGUGAACAUAAUUGCAUAAAAACAAUAUAACUUGAAAAAGAAAUGCUACCUGAUCUUCCCUAGGCCAGUGGGUCACAGAAUGCUGUUGGGGAGGUGUGGUCACCCACAAGGGCUGCUUUUGCUAGUGCUGUGGCCAUCCGUGGUCAUUUUGGUAGUGGUGUGUGACUCUCACUUUCCUUACCAUCAAACCAAACCAAGGACGUGUCAAAAGUGCUCCGAGAGUCCCCAGGCACACGAGGCUAGUAAACGUGUAGAAAGCCCGCCUUUGUCGUACGCGCCUCGGUGGGACUCUGGUGCCACGGGAAAGGGGCUCCCGUUGCUUCCUGUCUCGAAGGCUGAGAUGCAGGGAAGCUGAUGGUGGGAUUCACCGCGAGCUCCUCCCCGGACCUGAGAACCUUUCUCAGAGCAUCUUCUUCAUCUUGGCUGAAUGUCUCCUUUCUGCACAUUUCUCUGAAGAGACUUAUUUUAUAAAGACAUCUGUGUUUUGUAACCUUGAAUUCUUUUUUAAUUUACCAUUGUUAAUUACAAAAAUGAUGUAACAUGCAAUAGGACAUUUGAAAAAUAGAGAAAAGAAAAAUUACCACUUUUAUGCAACAACUAUUCAUCAUAUUGUCUUUCAUGCCAUUCUUUUUCCGUGGGUAUUUUUAAGGCCACUGUGACCUUGAAUUUGAGUGAAAAGUUCUAAAAAUGUAGAAAAAAUGUAGGACCAGAGUCUGAUCUUCUAUACUUGGAUUUAAGUGGAUUAAAAAUCUCUGAUGGAUCCGUAA